UCCUGACGCACUGUAUGGUAGACGAGAUUGAAAAAAUGGACGGCGCGUCUCUGCACCAGUACCUCUUGGCCAACCAAGUACCAGUGAUCAUAGGCCCCAAACAGCCGGGAGAGGAGCAGUUCUACAUCACCGACAAGCACCACCUGGCGUAUGCGCUACUGGAGGCGUACUUGGACUUUGACAGUCCUCACCACCACAGGAUCAUGUAG